AUAAGAAACACCUAUAAACAACUAUCAGCUGUAAAAAGGCAACAUGUCUGUGGAAGAGUUGAAUGGCAGUGAAUUGGGAACCAAAGAUUAUUGGGAAAAAGCCUACGAACGUGAAAUAAAAAACUACAAAAGUCAUGGCGACGUUGGAGAAAUUUGGUUCGACGAAGACUCACAGAUACGUGUCAUCAAUUGGAUCAUGAAACAAGAUGAUAUACCGGAUGAUGUUCGUGUUAUUGACUUGGGUUGCGGCAACGGCAUGCUACUCAUAGAAUUAGCACGUGAAGGAUAUACAAAUCUGUUGGGAGUCGAUUAUUCACCAAAAGCAGUAGAACUUGCCAAAAAUAUUGCUAAUGAUCAAGAAUUAACUAUUGAUUACCAGGUGGCAGAUUUAAUGAAUGUGGAGUCGUGCAAAACGUUGGGUACGUUUGGAAUUGUUCAUGACAAAGGAACAUACGAUGCAAUCAGCCUAUGUCCCGAUAAUCCCAAGGAAAAGCGGGAGCUGUAUAUUGAAUCUGUGACAAACAUGCUGGAUGAAAAUAGCCUAUUUAUUAUUACCUCAUGUAAUUGGACAGAAGAUGAACUGAUCGCGAGUUUUGCGGGAAAAUUCAUCAAGAAAUGUUCGAUACCAACACCAUCUUUUAAAUUUGGUGGUAAAGUGGGAAGUGUUGUUACUUCGGUGGUAUUUAAGAAAGUUUAGGCAUUUGAUCAAAAUUUGUGUUUUUUUAAAUAAAUUUUUUAAAAGAAAAAAAAA